AUGGCAGCACUUAUACUGAGCACAUCAGUGGCUCUAGAGGAUAUGCGGUCUCAGAAACUGACUAUGAUGGAACAGCAUAAGAACGACCUGCAGAGGCGUCGAGCUGAGCACGAAGCCGAGUGUGAGGCCAAGGAAGAAAAGUUGAAAGAAUGUCGUAGGCGCAUCAGGAGUUCUCCUCAUAUUGAUCCGGAUCUCGAAGAGGCAACCACAGAGGCGUAUACGCAGCUUGACGCUAUGGCUGCGGAGAUAGAGAAUUUUGCGAAAAAGAUGUUGCACGUCCAUGAGGAAUAUCCGAGUUCGGUAGAGGUUCAUGUCGAAAUGGCCUGGCUCUGUGACUACGUGCAUGCCUUCCGUGUGAAACUGAUGGAGUUCUUGCAGUGUGAGAAAGAGGUCCAACUUGAUGAUAGCAAGAAGGCGGCGAGGAUGGGCGCUGAAAUGCUCAGCUACGAGCUGGACGAUCGAUUGCGAAAGCACAACACGAGGAAGGGCCUAGUCCGAUCCGAGGUAUUGAAGUUCCUCACACCACAAAUUGAGAUCAUCGAAGAUUUGCUGAUAGAGUAUAUUCUGGUGUCCUCUCAGUGGUACGAGCCUCGGUUGAAACAAAUCAUGUCACAUAAGAGUAAAUUCAAACGACAUGCGGUGGCCAUAGCGAAGAAAUCCGCUGGUCAAGAUGAUCGUUUCGAUGCUUUGAUGGAUACUUUGAUUGAGGGAGACAAAAGCAAGGAUGUGGUUUUAUUGAAUCUGGAUACCUGCAUGACAUUCCCCACCGUCAAGAAGAGCGCCACUCACUUCUAUCGAGUCAUGCGCGGUCCGUUCGAUAGCCUCAGGGAGAAGCCUAGUUCGGUUGAGCAACUGAUCGCCGCCAAUAGCGACGUUAUAAGGAUACAGAAAGAGCAGAAGCACGAGGGCUACAGCGGGGCUGAGAUAGAGUUUUAUUCAGCGGAAAUAGCAAAGCUUGACGAGGGGUUGAAGGCCAAGGCCGCUGACAGACUAGUGCAAGUGGAGGAGCUUGAGGCGGCCAUGACCAACAUGGUCGAGCGAGUGUUGGAAGAGUUCGAGAAACAACGGAACGAGGUUUAUGAAGAGGUUUGCAUCGCGUAUGGGCUCGGCAAGGAACAUGUCGUCGCUAGAAGACAACUACGUGAAAAGGUGGCGCAUGUCAAUACUGAGGCGGGGGGAAUGCUCUUUGCGACUGCAUACAG